AUGGCCGGCAUGAUGCGCAAUGGGGGCCGUCUUGGCAUGAUGCAGCCGCCAGUGAUUCUGCUGAAGGAGGGCACAGAUACCUCGCAGGGUAAGGGCCAGCUGUUGUCCAAUAUCGGUGCAUGCCUCGCCGUGGUGUCCUGCGUGGCCUCGACGUUGGGGCCGCGCGGUAUGGACAAGAUGAUUGUGAACGACCGUGGACAGGCGACGAUUUCGAACGAUGGAGCGACGAUCCUGAAGCUCCUUGACAUUGUGCACCCUGCGGCGCGUACGCUGGUGGACAUUGCGCGUGCGCAGGAUGCCGAGGUCGGCGACGGCACGACGACGGUCGUGCUGCUCACGGGCGAGAUUCUCAAGCAGGUGCGCCCGUUCAUUGAGGAGGGCGUGAGCCCUCAUGUGGUGGCGAAGGGUAUUGCGACGGCGUCGCAGAUGGCGGUCGAGCAUGUGAAGAGCCUGGCCGUCCACAUUGACAAGGACAAGGAGGCGUACGUGCGCGCUACUGACCGCAGUGAUUUCCGUAACCUCCUGCUCAAGUGUGCGGGCACAGCUAUGUCGUCGAAGCUGAUCGUGUCGCAGCGGCCGUUCUUUGCACAGAUGGCGGUGGAUGCGGUGCUCGCGCUCGACCAGGACGAGCUGAACGAAAAGCUGAUUGGCAUUAAGCAGGUGCCAGGUGGCGCGAUGCAGGACUCGAUGCUGAUCCACGGCGUGGCCUUCAAAAAGACGUUUGCGUAUGCGGGCUUUGAGCAGCAGCCGAAAAAGUUUGAGAACCCGGGCAUUCUGUGCCUGAACGUGGAGCUGGAGCUGAAGGCCGAGAAAGACAAUGCGGAGGUGCGCAUCCAGGAAGUGUCGGAGUACCAGGCGAUUGUCGACGCGGAGUGGGCGAUCAUCUACGGCAAGCUCGAGGCGAUCGUCAAGACGGGCGCCAAGGUGGUCCUGUCGAAGCUGCCGAUCGGCGACCUUGCGACGCAGUACUUUGCGGACCGCGACAUUUUCUGUGCGGGCCGCGUGCCGAUGGAGGAUAUGCAGCGCGUCGUGCAGGCUGUCGGCGGCUCGAUCCAGUCGACGGUGUCGGACCUGCACCCCGAGCGCCACCUGGGCACGUGUGGUGUGUUUGAGGAGCGCCAGAUCGGUGGCGAGCGCUUCAACCUGUUCACGGGCUGCCCUGGCGCCAAGACGGCGACGAUUGUGCUGCGUGGCGGCGCCGAGCAGGUGAUUGCCGAGAUCGAGCGUAGUCUGCACGAUGCGAUUAUGAUUGUCAAGCGUGCGAUCAAAAACAACGACGUCGUCGCAGGCGGUGGCGCCAUUGAGAUGGAGCUCUCCAAGAUCCUGCGCAACCACGCGCGCACGAUUCAGGGCAAGCAGCAGAUGGUCAUGACCGCGUACGCGAAGGCGCUCGAGGUCAUUCCCCGGCAGCUCGCGGACAACGCAGGCUUUGAUGCUACGGACCUGCUGAACCAGCUGCGUAUGCAGCAUGCACAAGGCCACACAUGGGACGGCAUCGACGUGUCCACGGAAGGCGUAUCGAACAACAUGGACAAGUUUGUGUGGGAGCCCGCGCUGAUCAAGAUCAACGCGCUCAGCAGCUCCGCGGAAGCCGCGCGCCUGGUCCUCAGCAUCGACGAGACGAUCCGUGCGGAGCAGGCCGAGCAGGCGCCGCCUAGUGGCGGCCCCCUGCCGCCAGGCACGGCCCAGCGGGCGCUCCGCGCAGGCGGGCGCGGCGGGAUCCCGCGCCGCUAG